UGUCCGGCAAAACAAAUUUUCAUAAAUUCAUUGUUAUUUUGAUGGACUAUUCUGAUCUUUUUGCCAACCCAAGUAUCUACUGACUGAUCCUAAUCCAAGAAGACGUUGCAGGUCACAUUGAUUACAGUGACUUUUGGUUUGUGCUGUUGUUUGUCAACAGCCCAACUUCUUCCAUCACUGACCUAGGGCCCUAUGCUAGGUCAGGCCUACAACAUACAUGGUCCAUGGUGGAUGACUCAUUUUCAUGUGAUGUAACACAUCAUGAAUGAUGAGGCUGUCUGAUGCCGCUAUAAAGAUCACUGUUUCCUAAACCUGAAAAACCCUUGAGCUGUCCGUGUAAUUAAGAAUCCUUCUCCGCAACAAAUCGUGAAGAUUCAGCGUUUCCAGGCGUGGCUCGACUCCACCAUUGAAAGUGAAACAGACCUUUGCCUGAAAGUAAAGCAACAAUGUUUUCUUGGCACAACCCACAAAAACUGAAGAUCAAUUUAAGCCUGGCAUGUAAUAGGCUGAAAUUGCUGGAGAAAAAGAAAACUGAGCAAGCCCAGAAAGCACGGCGGGAAAUUGCAGAUUAUCUUUCAAACAACAAAAUUGAUCGAGCCAGGAUACGAGUGGAACACAUCAUUCGAGAAGACUACAUGGUGGAGGCAUUGGAACUCCUGGAAAUGUACUGUGAUCUGUUGUUGGCUAGAUUUGGACUCAUUCAGGAGAUGAAAGUUCUUGAUGAAGGAUUGGUCGAAGCUGUCUCAACUGUUGUGUGGGCAACUCCAAGAUUGCAAGGUGAUAUCAAUGAAUUCAAAACCAUCACUGAGCAAUUUCAACAUAAAUAUGGCAAAGAACUGAUCCAAGAAUACAAAGCUAAUACGACUAGCUCUGUCAAUGAGCGAGUCAUGCAUAAGCUUGGAGUGCACGCGCCACCCCCUCUUCUAAUAGAAAAGUACUUGAUUGAAAUUUCAAAGAACUUCAAUGUGGCAUUCGAACCUGACCCUGAGAUCAUGAAGCAGGAUGAGGUAUAUUUUGCUGACACUCAUUACAAGAUGAACUUGCUUGAGCCGGGGGAGGUGACCGGAGAUGGUACUGUAGCACCGAUGCCAGCGCUACCUUUUGAGAAUGAUCUGAGCAAGGGACCGCUCCUGCCAAUGCCUGACCUGCCUUCACAGCCUUUCACAGCUAUCCCACCUCCGGAGACGCUCUACCCUCCUCAGCCUCCAGCAGUUAACCAACCUGCAGAAUCUUUUCAACUCAAUCUCCCUGACAUACCAAGCAACAAUUUGCCCGGUGCCAGUGGCGGUUCAUUUGGCUCUGCGAGUGAAAACGUGGAUUUCGACGACCUGAAUCGAAGAUUUGAAGAACUUAAGAAAAAGAAAUAGAAUUUCGUGCUAAAGGCAGUGCUGAUCCGACUGGCAAUUAAUAAAGGGACAAACCAAGUCGUUUAUAAGCCUGCUAAACAAUUCAGCUGGAAGUGGACUGAAAUUUAUGUUAUGGAUCUUCGAUCAAUUUGAACAAGUUCAUUGGCAAGGGCUCCAUAACAAGGUGGUUUCGAUGGAAGUAUAGUGUUCACAUUGUGGUGAACAGACCUGGCUUAUUCAGUGUUCAAUUUUCCUGCUUGUCACUUGCCCGCUUGCCCGAAUAUAGAUGAGUGUUUUGGUACUCUUCCUGUGGUAUGUUGGGCUGCAACAUCAACAGUACUUCAUGCUAGGGCUUGUAACCCGCUGACUGAGCCUGACAGUAAUUGCCACAACUUUUGUAUAAUACCAGUUGUAUACCUCUUGUUGUGUACAAGUACAUGUACGCAUCCUUAUAUAUUUGUUAUGCUGAGAAGUCUGUGCUCAUUGAUUGAAAACAACCAGGGAACAAUGUACUUUUACCAAAGAUCAGAGACCUAAUCUUAGGAUUCUGAUUGUGACUUUGUCCUCAGGUGGAUUGUGUCUUUGUCCUCAACAGACUGAUUGAGACUUUGUCUUCAUAAGAUGGAUUUUGGAUGAAUGGGCAUUAUAAUGAAACAUCAAAGCUAGGCUUCUCUCUCCAUAUGGAAUACUGUCUUUAUCACGGAUGAUUUGUUGUGUUUUCAUCACAGUGGCUUGUGUUCAGCUCACCCAGGCCUCACAAUGGGUCAUGUUUGGCUCCCCUAGGCCUUUUAUUGGAGACUAGCGUUUCACAGCCCACAGAAUUGCAAUAUGUGCAUGGUAGAAAAAGAAGAGAUAGUAGUGACAUCUAUCAGCACCUUGGUGUAACUUAAUCUGGCACACCUGGCUUCAGCAUUUAAAAUCUGCUAAUUUCCUGGUGUAUAGACAGAAGUCUUGUGAAUAUCUACCCUUGAUUUAUCUGUUAUGUAAUAAAUUGUGCUAUCUUUAUACACAUGUACAUGAUAUAAAACAAUCCCAUUUGACUAUUCUCUG